GUACGUCAUCGCCAAGCGACUAAAGCUGGAAGGGAGGGAGCGGGGUUGUGAGCAAACGUUGGUGGUGGUGUUGGUGGUGGUGGUGGUGGUGGUGGUGUUGGUGGUGGUGGUGGUGGUGGUGGGGCGGCCUGAAAAGGCAUCAUGGCUGCUGCCACGGAGCUUAGUCGCCCGAACAGCGGUGACAGGAGCCUGGAGCGAAGAUGCAGCCCUAGCCUCUCCCGAGAGGUGCUCUACGAAAUCUUUCGCUCCCUACAAACCCUGGUUGGACAGCUUAACCUCAGAGAUGAUGUGGUGAAAAUUACAAUCGAUUGGAACAAGCUCCAGAGCCUCUCGGCAUUCCAGCCUGCAUUGCUCUUUAGUGCACUUGAACAACACAUUUUAUAUUUACAGCCUUUUUUAGCAAAACUUCAGUCUCCAAUUAAAGAGGAGAAUACAACUGCUGUUGAAGAGAUAGGAAAAACAGAAAUGGGGAACAAAAAUGAAGCAAAUGACAAAUUUUCCAUUGGUGACCUACAAGAGGAAGAAAAACACAAAGAAAGUGAUUUAGGAGAUGUGAAAAAGACACAGAUCCAUUUUGAUCCAGAAGUAGUUCAGAUAAAGGCUGGAAAAGCAGAAAUUGACAGACGAAUAUCUGCAUUUAUUGAAAGAAAGCAAGCUGAAAUCAAUGAAAACAACGUCAGGGAAUUUUGCAAUGUUAUUGAUUGUAAUCAAGAAAAUAGUUGUGCAAGAACUGAUGCGAUUUUUACUCCUUACCCCGGAUUUAAAAGUCACGUAAAAGUUUCUAGAGUUGUGAAUACAUACGGACCACAGACUAGACCUGAAGGAAUUCCCGGGUCAGGUCAUAAACCUAACAGCAUGCUUCGAGAUUGUGGUAAUCAGGCUGUAGAAGAACGACUACAAAAUAUUGAGGCCCACUUGCGGUUACAGACAGGUGGUCCAGUGCCAAGAGACAUUUAUCAGAGAAUUAAAAAGCUUGAGGAUAAAAUCCUUGAAUUGGAAGGCAUCUCUCCUGAAUAUUUUCAGUCUGUAAGCUUUUCUGGAAAAAGAAGAAAAGUUCAACCACCUCAAGUCAUACCCUGGUACAAUUUACGACUGAAGAAAAGGGCAGUAUAAACUAAUAUACUUGAAUAGAAAAAUUCUUUUAAGGGCAUGGAAUGACUCAGAUAGGUUAAAUAAAUAAAACCUUUGUCCUGCUUUUAGUAGUACAAGGAUGUGUCAUUCAUCAAGUGCUUAAAAAUAGUAAGUGCUCAAGUAAUUUCAGUCUCCCCCCAUCCCUUCCUUUUGUGAACACUUCUGAUUAGUAGCAUCUACAUCAAAAAGGGUGUUUGGCAGAGUUUGACUUCAGCUGGCCCUGUCUAAAGUGCUACUUUACUAAUUAGUUGAACCUUAAAUAAUAAGGCUUUGCUAGACUUUAAUAGUGGUAAUGUGAAUUUAAAGUUGGAGAAGACUUUCUAAUUUUUAAGAGUAGCAUUUUUUUUCUUAAAAAAUUCCGAGUAAAUUUUUUGAUAGCAAUUAUUUUUUCCAGAAGUAAAUUAUUGUAGUUGAUCCCUCAAGAGAGAAUUUCUAGGUAUUUUAAGCAGUUAUUUUUAAAGUUAACUUUUUUUACUAUUGAUUAUGAGAAUAAUCAGGUUUUUAAAAGUUACUCUCUUAUGUAGUAAACUGUAACACUUUGUUGCUGCUUUAAAAAUACAAUUCACAUAACAUAAAAUUCAUAAUUUUAAAGUGGCUAUUAGUAUGUUCACUAUGUUGUACAACCAUCACCACUAAGUCUAGAACAUUUCCAUCACCGCCCCAACCCUGUACCUAUUAGCACUCAGUCCCAAUUUCCCUUUCUCUUUACCCCCUAAUAGUCACCACAUAAUACUUGUGUCUAAAUUAGAAAUAUUAAUGCAAGUGAGGGUGUUCACAUAGAUAGACUUGAACAAAUCCAAUUUUUAUUGGAAAGCAAAAGGAGUGUUUUCUUCACUGUUUUCCACUUCAGGUUAACUUUAGUAAUCAACAUAGAAAGUUUUCUAUUAAAAGGGAUAGCUGAUAUCUCAAAUGAUUUUUUUCUCCUGGUAGUAGUAUAAUUAGCAUUUUUCUUCUUCUUUCCAACUUUUACUUAAGCUCAAGGGGUUUUCAGGUUUGUUACAUGGGUAAAUUGCAUGUCACGGAGGUUUGGUGUACAGAUAAUUUUGUCACCCAGGUAAUCAGCAUAAUACCCGAUAGGCAAUAUUUCAGUCCUCUCCCUCCUCCCAUCUUCAAAUAGGCUCCAGUGUCUAAUAAUCAGGCUUUUUUUUUUUUUUUGUAAACUUAUUCUUUCAAAGUAUAAAAGGUUCAGGAGAGCUUAAUCAUUAGAAAAGAGAAAUAUUUAAGCCUUGUUAUUUUAUGCUUUUAAAUUUAUGAUAUAGUCAACAUAUAUAGUUGUGCAGGUUUAAGAUUAUUCUCAUGAGGGAAAAAAACCCAUUUGAUCAUGCUUUUAAAUAUUUUAAAUAUUUAUAGUUCAUUUGGCACUUUAUCUGCAUUAAGAUACUUCAGAAUCUUAUUCAGCAAUUUGUGUCGUUAUUGUUUACAGCAGAACUAUUCACUGGCUGAACUUGAUGAGAAAAUUAGUGCCCUCAAACAAGCCCUCCUCAGAAAAUCAAGAGAAGCAGAAUCCAUGGCAACCCACCACCUUCCAUGAAAAACUCCUCUCCAUCCUUGUCAUUUUACUUUUUUGUAUACAUAUGUGUAACUUACACUGUUAUUAAUUCAACGGAUAUAUAUUUAUCAAUGUAGACUUCUCUGUGAAGUCAAGGUUUAUUUUCACGAGUCCAGCUUGCAGCAAGUAAUCUUCAGAUAUUCCAGUAAGUUUUUAAAUAAUGAAUGUGUUGAAAAUAGCAUUGUUGGAAUUUAUUCCCUUCUGUUUUAAAGGAGGUAUUUUGGAAAUUGAAAAACUUAAUUUAAAAGUGCUGGUACAUCUUUUUUCUUUUGUGGACCACAGAAAGGAAAAUUUAUUUUGAUAUUGAUACUUUAAAAGGACUUUAUAUUUGUAACAUUGGUGUUAACCAGUUUAUUAGUUUAAAUCAGUACUUUGCAUAUAAUAGGCAUUCAACAAAAAUUUAUUGACUGAAAUGAAUUUUAAAUGGAUGUAUGAACUUGUUUUUCUUAAUUUCUAAGAUGUCAGUAUUCAUGUAAAUAAAUAAUAGAUCCAGCUUUAUCCCUU